AUGGACCAGAAUGGAUCUUCUCAGAACCAGCCUGGGGAACAGGUGAUCUACAAGGUUGAAGUGACUACGGGACAAGGCCUUUUGACGGGGACUUUCGAUUUGAUCUCCAUCGUCUUGGUGGGCACCAACGGAGAAAGCCCCAAGACGUACCUCAACCAGUUUGGGAUGACCUGCUGUCAAGGAUCGUUGGAUCGCCCAGAUGUGGGACUUCAACUCCCAGAAUUCCCAGUAAAACCAGUGCUUCCGGGAGCUGCCCUUCCCGAUUUGUUGCACCACAACGAAUCGGGCUACACGGGAUUGUCACUAGCAAGUGAUUGGCAGCGAGGACUGUGCUUCCUCCCACCUGGCCUCUUUGAGGCCAAAAUGAAAGGCUUCUUGUACAAACCAUAUUCCUGGGAGAAGCUGGAGGACAUCCGCAAGAUCUUCUGGUUCUACCACACUCCUGUCUCAGAGUUCGUUUUUAAGCACUGGAAAGAUGAUGCUUUCUUCGGGUACCAAUUUCUGAACGGAAUCAACCCCAUCAAAAUCCAGAAAUGCACCGAUAUCCCGGACAAUUUCCCCGUCACCCAAGAGAUGGUGGCGCCAACUUUGGGAAGAUCCACCACCCUGCAAGAAGAACUGAAGAAAGGGACCAUCUACCUGGUGAACUACAAGAUCCUGGAGGACAUCCCCACUAUUUUAUUAAACAACAAGCAGCAAUAUAUCGCGGCCCCUCUUUGCCUCCUCCAUCAGAAAGCCAGCGGAGAAGUUCUCCCCCUGGCUAUCCAGCUCAGCCAGCAUCCCGGUCCUCAAAGUCCCAUCUUCCUGCCCACCGACGAGGAGUGGCUCUGGACCUUAGCCAAGACCUGGGUGCGAAACUCCGAGUUCCAUACCCACGAGGUGAUCGCCCACCUGCUCCGCGGCCACCUGAUGUCCGAGAUCUUCUCGGUGGCCACUCUGAGGACCCUCCCCAUGUGUCACCCCGUGUACAAGCUUCUGAUUCCUCACUUGCGCUACUCCAUCCACAUCAAUGUGUUGGCUAGGACUUUCCUGAUCAGUCAAGGGGGCACCUUUGAUAAGGCCAUUGCCACCGGGCGCCGGGGAUUAGCGGUGCUUCUCCGAAAAGCCACGGAUGAUCUGACCUACACCCAGCUCUGCCUCCCGGAUGACAUCGAAGCCCGGGGAGUGGGCGACCUCCUCCACUACUACUACAGGGACGAUGGACUGAAGAUCUGGGAAGCCAUCAAGAGGUGA